AUGCCGCUCUGCCAAAUCCCCCGCCGAGCGGCCCCAAUCUCCGCCAUCGGCCUCCUCCCAAUCCGCCGCCCCUUCGCCACGACGGCGCGUCGUCUCCUCGCUGAACCCCUCGACGAUAAGGAGAGCCACUAUGAUGUCCUCCAAGUCCCUCGAAACGCCUCUCCGGCUGAAAUAAAACGCUCCUUCUACGCUCUCUCCAAAAAACACCACCCAGACCACAACCCCUCCGAUCCCCACGCUCCCCGCCGCUUCAUCCGCAUAUCAGAAGCUUACUCCGUCCUCUCGGCCCCGGGAAAACGAGCCGCCUACGAUCGCGACGCUCGUCAUUCACACGCUCACGUCCACCGCUCCCCCGGCCACACUCACACACACCAAUACUCCAGCGGUCCGGCCGGCGGUCGACCCGCCUCGGGCCUGGGUCGGAGACGUCCCCCCACUACGAGCUCCACGCGUGGAAGCUUCAGGGGUCCGCCUCCGAGCUUUUACGGGCAGGGCGGAUGGGGCGAACACGCCGAGAAGCGAAGGGCCGCGCACGAGCAGAGCACGGCAUCGGGGAGUAGGACCGGUGGCGGCGGCAGCAGUGGCAGUGGCAGUGGCAGUGGACUCGGCGGCAUGGGACCCGGCCAGGAUCAUUUUAGGUGCGACGUGCCGCAUUUCGAUAACGUUUCACACGAGCGCACGCAUAAGAGGCAGGACCAGCGGAGAGAGGCGCGUCGGGCGGCUGAGGCUGCGCCUGGUGGCGGUGACGGAUCACCUGUUGUCUUUGUUAUUGCCGUUGGCUUCAUUAUUGUCAUCGCCAGCUUGGCGCCGUUGGUGUUUGCCGCUGGGCCGAGUGAGGCGCCUAGAAGAAAGCCAGUGAAGAGGAAGCCGCCGAGUGGUGAUACUAAACAGUCAGGUUAA